ACAUAUAACAAGCACUUUCCACUGCAUUUAUUCACUAACUACAAGCUCUUUAGCCUUACUGAAUCAAGUCCGGCAUCGUCAACAUGAAGCUCUUCACUCUCAUUUCUGCAUUUGCGACUGCGACUCUUGUGUCCGCAGACCGAAGGGUUCAACUUCGCGCCCCCGAUGGGUCCCCGAAUCAUCUCAGUGCCCGGGAUAGCACAUGCCCUAGGCCGAUGUGUAAAACACCCGCUACUCAAGGGCCAAACGACCCCCCUGCCUGUGGCGACUCAUACGCAGCGUGCAAGUUCGACCAGUUCCCUUGUGACGACCACUUUAGUCCCAAGUGGACUGACACUCACCAUUGCUACUGCAUUUUGGCCAACAAGCAGGCAAUGGAUGCAUAUUGCCAGGAACGCGGAUUCAAGAGUGGCACUAACCCUUGGAAGUACUACUACGCGGUUGAGUGCCACGGGGCUGCUAGUGAUCAAGUUUGUAACAAGGACUGUCAUGACCAAGGCCGUGGCAAGGGCAGAAUCGACAAAGCUAACCCGAAUGGGCCGUGUGCAUGCCAGAAGCCUAAUCCACCAUAUGAUACAUGCAAGUCUUGA